UGCAUCGAGCCACUACACAAACCUCCAAAUAAGCUCUUCGGGCGGGUUUGGACGUUCAGCCCACAAAAAUCAAACAUCCAUCAUCACUCCCCCCCCUCCUCCCCUCACCGCCCAGUGCAUCCCCUCCCGCCGUAAUUAUUAACAACAAACAAACGUGAGAAGUGGAAUCCCAGUUGUUUUUCCUGGUGCUUCUGUUGGUUUCUGUGUCUGCUAAUGGUGUUUGUGGGAGUGUCGAGGGAAUUUACAGUGCCAGUGCAGUUUAUCCCCGUCGGCGAGCAUUUGUCCGUGGGAUAAGUGUGAUAAUUCACGUUAAAUAAGUCGAAAAAUACCGAACGAACAGCCACUGGAGAAUUAAAUCUAUUGUGAUAACGCGAGGGGAUUUUGAGGCGUUUUUUUGGGGGGCAGACGCUUGUCUCGCACGAUUUUAUCAAUGAUCUUGUGGGGAUGUGAGUGGAACUGUGGAGGGAAGUUCAGAAUGUGAUUGAAGUUUUAAUUGGUGGAUUAAUUGGCGAGUGUUAUCUGCUGGCUAAAUGCACUCGAUUGUUGAGGUGGACGUGACGAAUUGACGUACGGAGAUUGAUAAAGAGUUUUGGUGCACUUGAUAACAGUACAUAGCCCCUUGGGCAAUCGAGAUUAGAGUUGUUUUAUGGUGGUGAACGGCGAGCGUGACCAUAUUUCUGGAGCCUCGUGACUCGUGAUGAUGUUGAAAAUGUCAGAGAAAAGCGAUGAGCAUCGCAUAAAUGCACAGACCUAGGACAUCAUGAGGGGAAGAACGCCGUUGGCGGAUGACACCCCAAAGAGGGCUCCGCCUGUGCCCAGGAGAGAGGUGGCGCCAGCGGACACCCUGGGCGGUCGAGUCUCAUGCACGGAGGCGAACAUAUCACCGUGUUUUUCAUCGCUGACGGCAGUUACAAAAAUGGUUACAUCGACGAGCAGCGUCGAUGAGCACCUGAUCACCCAGUCCCCCUCGAAUUACCGAAAACCUCAUCAUCCAGACAAGCAAGAGCCAGCAGUCACCUAUUACCGUUCAGUCCAAACAACCCGGGACAAACGCAGUCGCCUGUCAAACGUCAUAAACAGUCUCUACCGCAAAGUACCCCCAAACGAUAGAAAUAGCGUCGAGAGAAACCUCGAGACGCUUGAAAAAUACGUAAUGACGGUACUAAAUGGCGUCAUCAAGGACGCUGAAACCGAGGGAACCGAUGAAAGUAGAAAAACCGACGAUAAUUGCUACAAUGGAUCUAACAAAGAAUCAAAAAUCAUCGACGAUGACGUUAAACAAGCCAAUCGUUUGUCCUCGGAGCCGAGUGCUGUGGAACCUGCGAUACCAAGUGUAUCAAUUGCCCAAUCCAGUGAGAACGAAAAUAAUCACAAAGAGGAAAUGAAAGACGAGGAAGAGAGAAAGAAGCGCAUGUCAACAUUAGCACUUGCAUCAUCCGACGAUGACCCAACAUCAAUCACGGAAGCGGCAGUGACCAAGAAAGACAGAGUGGAGGCUGAGAUCAUUGACCCAAAACCAAAAGUCCAAUCUCCAUUAGAAUUCCCCCUCGAGUAUCCACCUGAGAAUGCAACCGAAAAAAUCCAUACGAUCUGCCGUGAAUUAUUAACAGACCUUGUAAAUGAAAUAAGUCAAACAAUGGAGGAACAGCCAACCCCUUCAAACACUAGUCUCCAAUGCAGUCUUCCCCUCGACAAAGUCGCCCCAGUCCUUGAUAUCUGCGAUACCACCCCCCAUUCAUCAAAGUCCACUGUGCGACAUUUGUGCCUAUACUGUGAUCGUAAAUUUCUCUCUAUAUCCCUUCGUCAACGGCACACAGAGAGAGUACAUCAGAUCGGUGGUGGUAGACGAAGUGAUAGAAAUAGUAGAAAAACAAAUUGCCAGUAUUGUUCUGAAAAAUGUACUGAAAAUUUGGAUGGUCUGUUUCACCACAUGAUUGUCAGCCAUUCGGACAAAUAUCACGGCUGUAUUCAAUGCUCGACAAGAUACUCAAGUAAAGAAGCACUUGUAGCACAUACCAAUGAUACACAUCCCAAUGAGAGAAGUAGUGUUGGCCAUCCAUUUUCGAGUGAAUGCGAUACAUCAGAGAGUUACAAGGAGACAAGCAAACGUGAGACUAUUCGCUCGCAGAUUAAGAUGUUUACACCAUUGAAAUUAAACAUGCUACCUCGUGAUGAUGCUAAAGAGGCGGGCUCUCAGGAUUUUGACAGUGCAUUUUAUAAUCACGUGUCUUGCAACAUUCGUGAGAACUUGCUGCAUCAUUUGGACGGUAAACUUCAUCCCAGUGCUAACUCGCUGGCAUCAGCCACAUGUUAUCAGACGAUUUUUUAUGAGCCAACACAGGUGCAGUGCUCUAUUGACAUUUCCUUGACAGCUGCAACACCAGUAGAUAAUAAAGAAUAUUCCACCGGUGAAUCCGAGAAUUCCAGUGAAUAUGCACAGAGGCCGGGUAAAGUUAGUAGUUGUCAUCCACGUAGAGUGUCAUUUGAAAAAUACAAUUUUCCAAAGAAGUACGAUGGAAAGGAGCCGUGGACUGGCAUUGGGGAUCUUAGUAAAUAUGAUAUAUCGACGCAGUUGACACUGAGAAAGAAGCAACAGUUGUUAAAGGAGAAGUUAUUGACUUUGGAGGCGAUAAAGCAUGAUUUUAAUUCAGAAGUAUUGAGUGAUGUGAUAAAAGAUUCAGAGGACAGUGCUGACAUCUCGGGGUUGAAGAGUUUGAUUGCGGAGAAGGAUUUGAAUGCUUUGGAUGAGAAUAGUGUAUCGGGGACACAAUUCACGAAGGAGUUUGGGAAUUUUAUAAGACUGAGGCGGUGGGACGAUAGCCCUCCGGGGACUGUUAAGGAUGUCAAGAUUGUUUACGCGGAACUGACGGGUGAGUGGUCUAGGCCCAGGGUCUACAUCUGCGGCGCUUGUUCAUCGAAGCAUCAGACCCUGAAGGAUCUCGAGGAGCACAAGGUUCUCAGUCAUCCGAAUGUAUGGUGCUCGCACUUGGAGUUCAGUGGCGAUCAAACGGAGCUCGAUAAGCAUCUGGUGUUACCGGGGAGAGGGGUGUCGAUUAUGAAGGCUAAGGAUGCGGUGUUGAGUGAGAAGAUUUGCACCAAGUGUUUGAAGACGUGUGGGAGUCUCGCCGAACUUCACAAGCAUAUGUUGGAGUGCGGGGGCGAUCAGACGUGGCUGCUUGGACUGUUUGGGAAUGGGAAGAAAAAGUGCAAGUGGAGGCCCUUUGGGAGUAGGAGGAGACGGCAGAGGGGCAUGAAGAGGAAUAUUCAGAAUUCACAGGACUCGAAGAAUCAGGUUAAUAAGACGCCGAAGGAGAAGGCCGCUAGUGGUCCUAGGAUUCGACCGAGUGAUCGGGAAAGUAUCGAGAAAAUGCUCGCCAAUUUACCAGCGAAGCGUUCAACCAGAAAAGUCACGCAGGAGAUUAAUUUACGUUCGCAGGGACGCCUGUGCAAGAUUCAAACGAGAUCGAAGCAACGAGGAAUAGAAAUCACCUCGAACUCUCGUCUGUCCCGCAAAGCGGUGCUUCGAAACAAACUGAUAAAGAAUGCCAAGUCCUUCCAACGUAAACGCUGUCGCGGGGACAAUAUCAGUGCAGCUAUUGAGAGUGUAAUCAGUAAUUACGAUGUUAACAGUAGGAGAAGUAGACUUAGCGAUAAUAUCCGAGUUUCAUCGGUGAAUGGGAAUGAGAGAAUUUACAAGAACGUGACGGUUGUCAGUAAAAAAAGGAACAUUAAGAUGCAGGGAAAGUCCACUAUAAAGUCGCUGAAGAAUCGUAAAACUUCGUCUAUCAAGAUGGUGACGGUUGAGCCAAAAAUCACUAGGUCAAAUACCCAGAAUAAGCCGCAGGAAGUUGAUGCACCAGUGAGGAGACGAAGAAAACCAGCUGAUCCGCUGGCGUCAAUGAAGGCUAAAUCUCAGUUGCGUAGUAACGACGGAAAGUUUGCUCGUAAUCCUGUUAAAAACGAUCCAACUUCAUCAGAUACUCAGUUAAGCUCUUCUAGUCAUUCGAGUAAUACACAAAUUACAAGGAGUAGUUCAACUCGUUUGGCGCCAAAGUCCAAGUUCCGGGAAAGAAUCAAUGUUGGAUUAUCGAGGAGAAUUACUCGUGUGUCCUCUGAUGCGGAUAAAAUGCCGACGCUUGAGCCAGCUGAUAAAUUGACAUCACACCAAGUUGAAGCGGCUAAAUCUUCUAAUGAGUUACCAGUUCUGGUGCCAGCUGCUAAAGUAGCGGCAAGGGUGCAGAAUUCUUCGUUGAAGCAGGGUCGAAGCAAGCAGAUUGUCAGUAUCAGGAAACGGGGGAAGAGGCGUACAUUAGUGAAGACUAUCGACAAAGCAAAGCAAGAAAUUGAGCAAAAACCGCAGGAAACUGCAGAGAAUGUCAAAAUCAUUCGAACGAGAAAUCGAAAACCUCAAGAGGUUCAAAAACCCGAUAAUGUGAGUGAGAACACACCGCAAAUCGAUCCACCGAAUAAGAGAGCAAAAUCAUCAACGGGUAACACCAAAAAAAGCAGAUCAAAUUCACCGGUCAAAAAAGGCGAAUUCAAACGAAUGAGACGAAGCCGCAGGACCUCUCUGGAAGACGUCCUAAAAUCGACAGUAUCUUCUUUCGAAGCCCUCAUCACACCCAGCGUUGAGAUCAAAACUCCAGUCGGAAAAAUCAAAGGAAACUCGAAGCAAUCCAAUCAAAAGACCAUCAAACCAAAAACUCUCAAAGGCAAGCGGAAGCCUCAAGCAGAAGCUCCGGACGAAAAGCGAGAUAUCAGCGCAACGCGAAAAUCUCCCCGAAAUUUGGAGAAGAAAUCUCCCCCAAACCUCGAUACCCCCUCUAUAAAGCCAAGCGAUGGGCCCUUGAAUCUCGAAGAAACCCCCAAUCAAGUUGAAUCUAAAGAGCCCUCAGAAUCACCCCUUCUUCAACCCCAAACUGAUUCUUCCGAAUUAAAAGACAAUGCCUCCCUUCCACCCGUAAACGAACCAAUUGUCGCUCCCCAAUCGCCUCCAGCCCCCGAAACCUCCUCGAAACCCCAGUUCAAACCAGAAAUUCUCGAGAAACCCGAGGAAAUCCCCGAAAAAACCGAGGAAAUUCCCGAAAAACUCGACGAGGCGACGGAAACCGCUGAAAAUCCCCCGGAAAAAGAGGAUGAGCUGUCCGAACUAAUCGAAAAGCAAUCAUCCCCAAUAGAACUGGUAAACGACCUAGUCAGCCUGAGUUUCGAGCACCUCCAGCAGGAAUCUAGCAAUUCAAACAUCGACAGUGGUAAAGAAAAUUCAUCAGAGACUCCAAUCAACAUCACAAAAUCAAAAAUACCAAAACCAAAAAAAGUACGGGGACGAAAGCGUGAUGGCCAGUCCAAACGUACCCUGAACAAUGUCAUUGGGAUUUUAACAGAGGGAGUCAAUAUUCCCAUUGAGGUGCAGCAGAGUGUUGUCCUUACAGUCCAAACUUCGAUCGAAAGCCUCAAUUUACAAUCGCACAACAGUAAUAUGCAGAGUGAGGGGAGUAGAGUUGAAUUGGGGGAUAAUAAUGCUGCUAGUGGUGCGUCUCACAGUAUUAAUAUUAACUCAACCAGCGGUGAGGCCAGUUUAUCCGUGGAUUCAGUUAAUAAAGAGAACAAUGACAGCGAUUCAGGGGCUAUCGAGGGACUGGGGGAAAAACCCAGUCAGGAGGCAAGUACUCCGUCGGGAGAGGUGCAGUCGAGUGAAUCUCAGAUUAAAACAAAUAACUCCAGCAACAAUGCGCCCUCUGGAACAAACACGGUUGAACAAUUCUCGAAUGACAUUAUUCUGGAUCUUUCGCGACGUAAGCAGAAUGGAAAGGGCUCUUUUCUCGAGAAAAUUGUCUCGAAAAUUGCCAAACAAAAAGACGUGCUUCUUGAUAACGAUGUUGGAUCACUAUUGGAUCACGCAGUUGAUGAAUUGAGUAUAAUUCUCGAUGAUGUCGGUCCCAAGUCUGUCGACAACGAAGUCGAGGGGGGAUUGAAGUCCCCUAAACCCUCCGAAACCCUCCCAAAACCAAAUGAAUCCAAAACAGAAGAUGUAGAACCACCAAAAGAGAACGAAACCAAAACCCCCGAAAGAUCAAUUUCUGAUAAAAUCCCGGAGACGAACGAGAGCAAUAAAUCGGAUGAGAGUGUACUCGCUACUCCACCCACUGCGAACAAUACCCCAGCUCUGCAAUCGAUUAAUCAGGAUGAGUCCCGAGAAAUUGAACGUACGUCAAAGAAAAGAUCCUCCGAUGCAACUCUUCCAACAAAGAACAAAAGAAAAACUGUGAAUGAGGACGAAACACCAGACGCCAAGAUAGAAGAUGAGUUGUACCUCUCUGACAUCAUGAAACUGAUAAAUAGUACGCCAAAGCUCACCUCGACACCGAUUAAAUGUCCCGAUACAACUGAUGAAACCAGAACUUCGAAACGAAAAAUCACGGAAACGGAGGUGGACAAAUCGAGUGAAACGACGAAUGGAGAUUCAUCAGUGGAAUCUGAUCCUUAUGCAACUGUUGGGAGUAAAAAAUCACGGAGGAAUCAGAGGGGUGUGAGAAAGGUGGGUAAAUCGAUACCUGUGAACAAUAGAGGUAGACGGAGCAAUAGGAGAAAUACGCCAGUUACUAAUUCUAGGAAUAUGAAAAUUGAGACAGGAGAAUGUGAAGUUGUCAGAGAGGAGGAGAAGUUAUCGCUGGGGAAUGCUGGGGAUGAGGAUAAAAUACCCGAGGACCCAGUGAUAUUAAAUAAACCCGAGAAAAUCGAUGAAACAGUGCAGGCGGAAAAAUCUCCUCCUGAUAAUUCCGAGGAAGUUCCUCUGGCACCUGAAGAGUCGAAAAACAAAGAAGUCAGUGAGGAGGAAAUUGUCCCGGAGAAACCAAUAAAAUCGAAACGUCGAGGAGCCUCGAAGAAGAAAUCACUGGCCGAUGAACACCUCGAUUUAUCAGACGACGAGAUAAAACCUGAGGAGAGUUUAACAAGUAAAACAGAGGUGGAUUUGGAGGGUAUCGAUGGUGAUAAGUCUAGUGUCAACACGAGCGAUCACUUGGAGGAUAAAAGAUUGAGUACAAUGAAUAAUUCCGAGAAGUCUUUCCUUGAACAAGUGACGCCAGAUGUUGCCACUGAUUCAUUGAGUAAUGCUCCGAUUGACGAAAGAGCGAGAGAGCUGUCACCGGUGGUCCACAAAGAGCAGAGGUCAUCAAAGCGGAAGAAUAAUCAUGGGAAGGCGGAGGUUCUAGAGACUGAAGUGCCUGAGAAAGUGAAUGAUGCACCUGUUCAAAGGAGACAGACAUUGAAACGAAAAGCUAAGGAGAAUAUAUUCCUCAUUGAAGAAUUACUUGACUUCGGGGACGACAUUGAUAGUCCUUCAGAGGUGAAUAGAGUCAAAGAGGACGAUAAGAAAGAGGAGUGUGUGGUGGAUGAGCAUAAGGAAACGGCGGAUGAAGGUAUGGAAAGGGCAGUGGACGAGCCAAUUAAAGAGCCUGAUGUUCCCGAGGUAUUGAAGGAAGUAAAAGAAUUGAAGCCAUCAGAGCCUGAGGAAGCAUCCACCGAAGACGUCUCGACGACCAAUCAAGAAGUAAUCAGCGAGCCAAAUCCUCCAGUUUCAGCAAAAACCGAUGCAAUUAUUGCUGAGCCUGCGAUCGAUGACGAGACUCAGAGCCCAAAGAAGAGGGCCUCAGGCAACUUCGCAGUGGUUCACACAAAAUCCGGAGAAAUCCUAAUAGUCGAGAAGAAGAAGAAGUUCACGAAAGAAGCGGCUAGAUUUUUCUGCGACGUGUGUGCCACGAGUUUCACUCGCAAAAGUUCCCUGAAAAAGCAUAAUCUGUCACAAUCACACAUUUUACAGGUAUCAAAGUGCAGUAACGAGCAGGAGUCAUUGUCUCUCAUUGAAACAGCUUCUUCCGAAGUUAAGAGUUUGGAGAAUUCCUUUAUUCUCGAUGAAAAUCCAAAUGGCAAAGUUUCGGUGAGCGAAGUGGUGGAGAAGAGGGCGGAAGACGUGGUGCUUGAAGUACCGCUGGCUAAUUCAACGAUCGAUACCAUCGAGACGGCUGUGGAGCCCGAGCCCUUCAAUUCCCAACUCGAGGAGGAACUGUUGGACGAGGAAAUUUGUAAGAUAACAGAGAACAUGACGCACGAUGAAUACGUUCUUACUGACCAUAUAAGCCCCGAAGGAGAGGAGGUAGAGACACUGGAGAAAGGGGUCAAUGACAUUGAGACACUUGAGAGUUUGAAGUCAAAACAGAAGGUCAAUUUGGCUAAUGAACACUUAGAACUCGAGUCACCGCGUUUUACACCUCAAGAGCUUAAAGCUAAGGAUCAAUUAAUGUCACCAGCAUUAACCACAGAAGAGAUUGCUCCCUCAACUGCGAUAACUUCUCCAACAUUGGAGAACCCUAAAAUGUCCCUGGACUUUUCCAACAUCACGGAGAAGUUGAAAGGGAAGAAAUUCUUGCAGACUGAGCAGAAGACCUCGAGCAUUGAUUUCGAAGAGGACAAAAGCCUUGAAGAAGAGAAACCUCAAAGCGAAGCAGACCUGAACACUUCAAAAACCAUUGAAGACAUAAAAAUGGACACCCCGAUCUUCGACUCUCCCCCCAAGAAAUCAAAACCCACGCCCGAAAAAGCCGCUAAAAAAUCAAAAACCCGUAACAAAAGAUCAAAGAAGAAAUCAAUAGCUGAACCUAUUCUCUCCCAGAGUGAAGACGAUAGCGACACCGAGAACGUGAAAUCCCAGGACAAAAAUAAAAUAGUGAAAAGUGUUUUUGGUCGUGCCUUCACAGGUGAAAAGCUAGACAAAGUGAUGGAAGUCCUCGACGACUGGAAUUCAAAGUCAGAUAGUGACUCUCACAACGAGAAACCAGAUAAAAACAAGACAGUGAGAGAGGCCAGAGACAAAGCCACUGACAAGACUGACAGAGUUCGUAAAUCGAAUAAACAGAAUGAACCCUUUUCCCUCGAAAUUAACCCCAGAUGCAGGCAGAGUAAGAAACGCGCUGAGGAGAGAAUUUCCCGAGCAUUCGAGGAGGAAUCCAUUCCCUACGAUCUGACAUUUGACUCACCAGGAAAAGAAUUGGGAAUGAAAAAUAAAGCCACCGAGGCGCAUCGAGAAACACCAGAUAACAAGGAGGCAAAAGCCAAAUCCAAAUCCAAAAAAUCUCCGGAAUCGGAUUAUCAUGAGGAGAGGAAUAAGGAAGCCUCUUUACCGAUGUCGACUUUUCCCUCGACUCUAAAACGCAAAAUUAUGAAUGAGGAAGCUUCGCUGCCGGAUACAAACUCGAUGGAAUCGAUACACACUCGAGUGCCGAGUUGUCCACGCGAGCGUUCUUCAACCCCUGACCUCAUUUCCGUAACAACGAGAGGUUCUUACAACGAGGGGGAUGAUUUCAUCGGCGGUGGGAAUGAGGACGAUGAGGAUGAUGAUGAGGACGAACACAUGUCAGUGCGUGGACGUUUGUCACCUUUCUACGCGAGUAAUGCACCCGAGAGUUCUAUGAACAGUGGAACGAUGUCCACGAGCAAUCACGUGAACAAUGAUGGCUUCAUGGAGACGAGGCGGGGAAAUUCGACGGAAUUUUCAGGUGAAAAGAUCGUGAUAAGAUCACCGGUUCUGUCGAGUCAGGAGAGCUGUCCAGGAGUCGUUACGAUAGCACCCACUGACGCUAUUGAGGAUAAUGCCUUGGAUGUGCCUCAGGAGAUCACUGAGAUGAAAGAGAAACCUGGGAUCCCGAGACAGGGGAAGGUUCUUAAUUUCGAUGAGGAACUGUUUGUUGAGUGCUGCUCGAGAUUGAAAGCCACUACUGAGAAUGAACUGCGAGGGGCUAAGAAGAUCAAGCUGGACCCAACUGAUGACUAUCAGAGCAGGGAUGAAAACACUCAACAGUCAUCGCAGGGCCCUCGACAAAUGCCGGAUAGGUGGAGGGAUGUCGAGAGCCAAAAUAGUCUGGGGAGCCUUCUGGAAUCAGUUAAUCAGUUACUCGGGGAGGAGAUGUACAACAGCAAUCGCAGGGGUGACUCUCACAAGCGUCGAAACGAUCACCGAGAGAGAAUAAGCCCACCUAGGACCCCACAAACUGAUUUCAUUCGUCCUGAUAACAUCAGUUAUGAAGACAGUCUCGAUGUCGCCUUUGAACACAACAACAAACUCCGCGAUAAGAUCCAACAGAGAAUGAGGGAGAGUGAAAACAUGAUUGCCACCUCCUUCGGGCAGAAAGUCACAUCCAGGAACUAUAAGCAGUACUACGACCCCCAGCCUGACAAAACAUCCCCUGAGAAACUUAAACUCCAGGAGGACAACUUCAGCAGUAUGAACUACUCAUCAAAGCACAUUCCCCUUGAGCCCUUGACUAUAAAAAAUAAAAUGAAUCCGGGUAUGGAUGGGUUUCUGGAUGAGGCACUUUCGAAUAUACUUCAUCGUAAUGGAAAACAUGAUCAUAAUGGAUCAACGCCAAUGAACGUCCUGGCGGAGUUAGCCUGCGCCCAGGUGCCAACCUCCACGACGCCAUCGACCCCCAGCCCCCUGGAGAAGCCCCCCAAAGCCCCCUCAGCCCACAGCCCGCAAAAGGACCCCCCGAAGAAGCCCCGCAACCCCAUCAGAGAGCUCUUCGAGCGAAAGAAAGAGCUCAACGAUCGCAAGAGGUCCCCAAUCCCCCCAAAACAAAGAUCAAAGAAGUCAAAACACCAGGACAACUCCCCCCUCAUCCGAAAGAGUCAAUUCGGCGUUGGUCUCGCCGAGCGCAAGAAGCGUCACACCGAGAAGAAGCCCGAGACAUCCUCAACAAAGCACCAAAAACAGGUGAAAGACAUCUACGACUUCGACGAGGAGGACAGUGGAGAGACAAAAUUCACAUCAAAAUCCUCGUACAGAUUCCACUCCGAGAGGGUCUCCGACCCCAUCGUCAACCACACGAAGUCCAACAACAUCAACAUGGUUGCUGUGAUGUCCAAGACAAUAGCAAAGACCCUGGACAGUCGAAAGAGCACCGAGUCCCCUGGUAAGCGCCUGGACGGCACGAUCGAUCGUAAAUUCCAGGAGAGUGACAUGUUCCUGCCAAAGACGAAGGGCGCCCUGAAGUCCUUCACCCUGGAGGAGAGGAACCAGCGAGAGAAGACGACAGGUCCAAUGGACAACUUCGUGGAGCGCAAGCAUCACCGGAGCAGGAGAUCAACCGAGGGCUCAGGGAGAACGACGAAGACCAAGAGAAAGAGCAAGAACUCUAAGAAACGAUCUCGAAAUGCCUGGUACGAAGACGACAGUUCAGACGAAUUCGUCACGGCGUUUAAGGCUGAAAACGUGGGUGUGGGGAUAACGAAGAGCCAGAGGACGUGCUCCAAGGGCAAGCAGAACCUCUUCGCUGAGAUGUCGUCGACAUCGUCAGAGAGUGAACAUGAGGAACUUCCAGAGGAGAAGACAGUCGAGGCUGGGGAUGCGAAGUCGUUGGAGAUUAACGAGUGGAUGGAUGGAGUCAAGGCUGGAACGAGGGACGUUGACGACAGUGAGAAGAUUGAAUCGGACUCACCUCUGGUGAUCGACGAGAAAGAGUCCGAUGGGGAGAAUAACUCUGGCAACUCUGACGAUGAUAAUAGGUCAGAACGAGGGUUCGAGCUUGAUGAUUUGUACAGGGAGGAUAGCUCUGUAGCCAGUUCAGACUCUGAGGAGGAGACCCCGAAGGGUCUUAAAGAGAAUAUUCAGGAGGUGGAGAACAAGAAGUUCGAGGACAGUGAACUGAUCCCCCUGGACGAGGCCCUGGUCCUUCUGGACGAUCCUCAGAAGAACGAGAGGAAGUCGAUGGACGAUGGAGACGAUAAUACCGAGAAAGACGAGGGCGCUGUUGAUGUUUCGACAGAGGAUUUACCAGAGAAAUUAUCCUCCAACGAGAAGCCCAACGAAAAAACCUCAGACAAUCUCCCACUCCACGUGUUUCUGAGCAGAAAAGUUCAGGAAUCAAAGAAGAAGAAGGAGGAGAAACUGAAAAAACUGCAGAAAGAGAAGGAGAAGGAGAUGGAGCGCGAGAGGAAACGAGAGCAGGAGGAGUUGGCAGCUGAUGCUGAGAGUGAGAAAAUCAAAGAUCAAUUUGUAGAAUUCCAGUCGACCAGACGUCAAAGGAAAUGUGCUAUUGGUAAACAGGGACUUUUGGCUGAAAUAAGCAGCUCGGAUGAGGAGUACUAUUACAGAGACGGUGACAGACGUGGGAACGACAGGGCUGAUGAUAAAUCUAGGAGACAGAAGAGAGAGUCAAAGGAGAAACGCAAGGAGAGGUACAUGGAGAAGAAGCACGAGUUGAUGAUUGCUAAGGAGCAGAAAGCCAUUGAGGAGGAGAUUCUCAGGGAAGUGAAGAUGAAGAGAGGAAGUGAGGAGGGGGCCAAGAGUUGUGAGGAUAAUGAAGGCUUCAGUCAGGGGAAAAAGGAGAGGACAAAGAAUUUGGGAAACGAGGGGAGGGGACGAGAGGAAAAUAGAGGGAAGAAAAUAGGGAACAGUGAUACUGAGAAUAAGUGUAAUAAAUUUGAGAGGAAGACUAAUGGGAAUAGGAGGAAGGAUGAGCAUGCGAAGGAGACUUCGAAUGUUAGAAAUGAUAAGAGUGAUAAGAGAGAGGUGGAGGGGAUGCCUGAUGGUAGUAAAAAUGGAAAGAAGUCUAGGAGGUCGACGAAGCAAGUUAAUAGGAGAAAUAAAUCGAAUGGGGAGGCUAGGAGGAGCUCGAAGGAACGCAGAUCUGCUAGUGGUAAGCGUGACAGUGGUGAUGAGGAACUGAGAACUACGAAAUCGUGGAAUAAGGUGGACGAAGCUGUGGGGGUGGCUAUUGGGAGGAGGAAGAGAGCUGCUGCUAAUCAGUUGUAUUAUUGGUCGAGUUCGACUGAUGAUGACGAGGAGGUUGUGCCUGUGGGGCCUGUGGUGGAGGAGGAGGACGACAGGCAGGAGCAGCAUGGCUGGAUUGUGGGGGACUCCCACAAGAAGAUGAUUACGAUGCUCGCGAUGGAGAAGCAGCUUAAAGAGAAGAGGAGGAGGAGUGAGGAUGAGUUUGAGAGUGGGAAGAUGAAGAAUAAGAAACAUAGAAACAGUACGUCUUGAUAUGUAUUUCAUGAUUAAGGGGUAAGACUUUAUUGGGAUGACUGUGAGGAGGGGUUUACCGAGAAGAUUAUUGAUGCAUUCGUCGCAUAAUAUUGUUCGGUUAUUUUUUGUUUCAAAUCAUUGGAGCAAGUGAUUGGAUUUAUUUUCUGGGCAAGUAGCAGCGAAUUUACGCAGGUGAUCAGGAGCUUGUAGAUGAAAUAGGGGUUUUUUAUGUUCAGGGAAUUUACUGCCAGGAAUAUUCAAUUAGGGGGAUAAUGUCUCUAUCGGUUUAUUUAGCAACAAUAAUCGACGGCUGUUGUGCUUGUUUAAGUGAUAAAGGUGUCCUUGAUGAAUGUAAAUAUUCAACCUCAUUUGCGAUGUUGGUAGCAUCCACUGGUUUAGGUUUUCAAUACGAUUUAAUAAUAUUAUUUAGACUGAAUACGUAGGGUAGAUGGUAAAUGAGAAUUUAAAUGUGAGAGGUGUGGCAUCUUUAGACAAUACGAGUAAAUGUUCUUCAUUGUUCGUUAUUUUGUGGGUUUCACCAGUUUUUGGUUGUUUCAUUUGUGGUUUCUUCUUCUUCGUCGAGGAGAAAUGAUUAUUCAAGAUGGGUACAACAGGUGAUUCCUUUCUUUUUUGGUUUAUUGUGUUUUCAACAUAUCGCAGUCACAUACAACACAGAUCACUGUAAAAGUCUAGAAUAAUUAUAGUAAAAUUCAUGAAUAAUGGGAUGAUGGGACGGUGAAAAUAUUUCGUAGAUUUUUUUCCUUUUUCACUUUUAUUUCUGGGAUCUCAGCACUUUCUCAAGGAUUUUUCUCAUCUGAAUAAUUGAAUCUGAGUUGCAAUUAAUGAAAGUAAAAUAAAGUUGAAAGAAUUUAUGUUGUGAAUCUGAAAAUGAUAGAGUGGGAUGCACAUACAAUUAAAUUAUACAGAUUUUUACGUACAUACUUGAAGUAACGUGUUUAACUAUAUAGAUGAUUGAAAUAAAUGUGGCGAUAUAGACUUUAUUGUAAAUGUACUGCCAUAAUCCCAAUAUAGUUGACACGUAUGGUGAAAAGUAAUGAGAAAGCCUAUGAGAGAUUGAAUAUUCAUUAUUCUGUAAAAACAUAAGGUUAAACAAAAAAUUUUUGGCACAAAGAAACAUACAUUCAAUGUAUAUAGGAUCAUAUUUUCAGUGUGUCAGAAAAACAAGUAUGUUUUGUAACAUAAGUAAAUGCGAAUGGUAAAUAAAAUUACUGUAAAGAGUAUAAUCAA